AUGUCAGGUCUGCAGUGGGUGUACAAGUGGAUCUCAGAGUCCUAUGGGCUGAAGAAGGAGCUUAAUUCCGUCGCUUCUGAGCUGUCUGCACGGCAGGAGGAGAGUGAACAUUCUCAUAAACAUUUAAUUGAACUCCGCCGGGAAUUUAAGAAAAAUGUACCUGAGGAAAUCAGAGAGAUGGUGGCUCCUGUAUUAAAAAGCUUCCAAGCUGAGGUGGUGGCCCUUAGUAAAAGAAGUCAGGAAGCUGAGGCUGCUUUCUUGAGUGUUUACAAGCAAUUAAUUGAAACACCAGACCCUGUACCUGUAUUUGAGCCAACGCGCAGCCUAGACGACAGACUGCAGCCCCCCAGCUUCAACCCCAGCGGGCAUCCGCUGCGAGACCUCCACGCUUCGUGGAAGAGAAACCCCGAGCUUCUCAGCCCUAAAGAGCAGAGAGAGGGGUCGUCCCCAGCUGGGCCCACGCUGACCGAGGGGAGCCGCCUCCCAGGCAUUCCCAGCAAAGCCCUCCUGACAGAAACUUUGCUACAGAGAAAUGAGGUGGAGAAACAAAAGGGCCUUCAAGAAGUACAAAUCACUUUGGCAGCCAGACUGGGGGAGGCAGAGGAAAAGAUCAAGGUCCUACAUUCAGCGUUGAAGGCCACGCAGACAGAGCUGCUGGAGCUGCGGCGGAAAUAUGAUGAGGAGGCGGCAUCCAAGGCAGAUGAAGUCAGCCUGAUCAUGACCAACCUGGAGAAAGCUAAUCAGAGAGCUGAGGCUGCCCAGCGGGAGGUGGAAAGUCUUCGGGAACAACUUGCCUCUGUCAACAGCUCCAUCCGCCUGGCCUGCUGCUCCCCGCAGAAUCCCAGUGGGGAUAAGGUGAACUUCACACUGUGCUCGGGCCCGCGGCUCGAGGCUGCCCUGGCCUCCAAGGAUCGGGAGAUCCUGCGGCUGCUGAAGGAUGUGCAGCACCUCCAGAACUCUCUGCAGGAGCUGGAGGAAGCCUCCGCCAACCAGAUUGCCGACCUGGAACGGCAGCUCACAGCCAAGUCCGAGGCCAUCGAGAAGCUGGAAGAGAAGCUCCAGGCACAGUCUGACUAUGAAGAAAUUAAAACAGAGCUGAGCAUCCUGAAAGCCAUGAAGCUGGCCUCCAGCACCUGCAGCCUCCCCCAGAGCCUGGCCAAGCCCGAGGACUCGCUGCUCAUGGCCAAGGAGGCGUUCUUCCCUGCACAGAAGUUUCUGCUGGAAAAGCCAGGUCUCUUGGCCAGCCCUGAGGAGGACCCUUCGGAGGACGACUCCAUCAAGGACUCUCUGGGCACAGAGCAGCCCUACCCAUCUCCUUCACAGCUCCCACCACCGCCACCACCAGGGCCGGAAGACCCCCUGUCCCCAGGCCCCGGGCAGCCCCUGCUGGGCCCUAGCCUGGGCCCUGAUGGCCCUCGAACUUUCUCACUGUCCCCUUUCCCCAGCCUGGCUUCAGGGGAGAGACUGGCAGGGGACGUGCUGCUGUCUAAGCACAUGAUGCCCCCGGCCGCCUUCAAGGGAGAGGCAGGCAGCCUGCUGGUGUUUCCCCCCACCUUCUACAGUACCAAGCCCCCCACGGCCCCUGCCACCCCAGCCCCUGGCCCUGAGCCGCCUGGGGGCCUGGAGCCGGCUGAUGGUGGCGGGGCCAGUACGGCUGGGGCAGGUGCCGGAGCAGAGGAGGAGCAGCUGGACACGGCGGAGAUUGCGUUCCAAGUGAAGGAGCAGCUGCUCAAGCACAACAUUGGGCAGCGGGUGUUUGGCCACUACGUGCUGGGGCUGUCACAAGGCUCGGUCAGUGAGAUCCUGGCCCGGCCCAAGCCCUGGCGCAAGCUCACGGUGAAGGGCAAGGAGCCUUUCAUUAAGAUGAAGCAGUUCCUGUCGGACGAGCAGAACGUGCUGGCUCUGAGGACCAUCCAGGUGCGGCAGCGAGGCAGUAUCACCCCGAGAAUCCGCACACCAGAGACAGGCUCUGACGACGCCAUCAAGAGCAUCCUGGAGCAGGCCAAGAAGGAGAUCGAGUCACAGAAAGGGGGUGAGCCCAAGAACUUGACAGCCCCAUUGACCAUCACUAAUGGCACACCCUCUGCCAGCACCUCAGAAGAUGCCAUCAAGAACAUUCUGGAACAGGCACGCCGGGAGAUGCAAGCACAGCAGCAGGCCCUCCUGGAGAUGGAGGCAGGACCCCGGGGCCGCUCAGUGCCUCCUUCACCCCCAGAGCGGCCCUCACUGGCAGCUGUGAGCCAGAAUGGGGCUCCAACCUACGUCAAGCAGGAGGACAGCAGUGGUAGCAGCGGCAGCGGGGGGACCAGCAGCAGUGCCACACAGACAUCCCUCACUGUCCUGUCUCCUGCUGCCUUCGUGCAGAGCAUCAUCCGGAAGGUCAAGUCAGAGAUCGGUGAUGCUGGCUACUUUGAUCAGCACUGGGCCUCAGACCGCGGCCUGCUCAGCCACCCCUACAACACCUCCGUCUCACCCUCACUCUCCUCCUCCUCCUCCAGCUACUCUGGCCAACCCAAUGGACGGGCCUGGUCCCGUGGGGAUGAGGCUCCCACAAUCCCUGAGGAUGAAGCGGCUGGGGGUGAGGAUGAACCCCCAAAGUUGGGCGAGCUCAAGGCCGAGGGGGGCAUCUCUGAGUCAGGCAGCAGCGGGCGGCUAGCCUACUACCCAACAUACGUGCCCCGCACACUGAAGCCCACCGUGCCGCCCCUGACCCCAGAGCAGUACGAGCUCUACAUGUACCGUGAGGUGGACACGCUGGAACUGACGCGCCAGGUCAAGGAGAAGCUAGCCAAGAACGGAAUCUGCCAGAGGAUCUUCGGGGAGAAGGUGCUGGGUCUGUCACAGGGCAGUGUGAGCGACAUGCUGUCCCGGCCGAAGCCAUGGAGCAAGCUGACGCAGAAGGGGCGGGAGCCCUUCAUCCGCAUGCAGCUGUGGCUCUCGGACCAGCUUGGGCAGGCCAUUGGCCAGCAGCCCAGCGCCUCACAAGCCAGUCCCACCGAACCCAGGUCCUCACCAUCUCCACCCCUUAGCCCCACGGAGCCCGAGAAGAGCUCCCAGGAGCCCUUGAGCCUGGUAUUGGAGAGCAGCAAGGAGAACCAGCAGCCAGAGGGACGCUCCAGCUCCUCACUGAGUGGGAAGAUGUGCUCGGGCAGCCAGGCCACAGGGGGCAUCCAGGAGAUUGUGGCCAUGUCCCCCGAGCUGGACACCUACUCCAUCACCAAGAGGGUCAAGGAGGUUCUCACAGACAAUAACCUAGGGCAGCGGCUAUUCGGGGAGAGCAUCCUGGGCCUGACGCAGGGCUCCGUGUCCGACCUGCUGUCUCGGCCCAAACCCUGGCACAAGCUCAGCCUGAAGGGGCGGGAGCCCUUUGUGCGAAUGCAGCUGUGGCUCAAUGACCCCCACAACGUGGAGAAGCUGAGGGACAUGAAGAAGCUGGAGAAGAAAGCUUACCUGAAGCGCAGGUACGGCCUCAUCAGCACCGGUUCAGACAGUGAGUCUCCAACCACCCACUCCGAGUGCCCCAGCCCCUGCCUGCAGCCCCAGGACCUGAGCCUCCUGCAAAUCAAGAAGCCCCGAGUGGUGCUGGCGCCCGAGGAGAAGGAGGCCCUGAGGAAGGCCUACCAACUGGAGCCCUACCCCUCCCAGCAGACCAUCGAGCUCCUCUCCUUUCAGCUCAACCUCAAGACCAACACCGUCAUCAACUGGUUCCACAACUACAGGUCCCGGAUGCGCCGGGAGAUGUUGGUGGAGGGGACCCAAGAUGAACCAGAUCUCGACCCCAGUGCGGGUACUGGCAUUCUACCACCAGGCCACUCCCACUCAGACCCCACCCCACAGAGCCCCGACUCUGAGGCUGAGGACCAGAAGCCUACGGUAAAGGAACUUGAGCUCCAGGAGGGCCCUGAGGCGAGCAUCACUCCCCUGACUGCCCAGGACAGGGCCCCAGUGAGGAUCAAGCAGGAACAGACUGAGGACAAUGCUGAAGAAGAGGCGGGCAGCCAGCUCCAGGACUCCGGGGAGCAGGACAAAGGCCACGGUUCUCCCAAAGAGAUGCAUCCAGACCCUUUGGGUAAUGAUGGGCUCCCAAAAGUGGCCCCAGGACCUCUUCUUCCAAGCGGGCCUCCUCCAGACUGCCCCUUACUACAGCCCCCCCAGGAGAGCAGGGCUGGAGAGCAGCUACACCUGGACCCUCUAAGUUUUAAGUCGGCCUCAGAGUCCUCGCGCUGCAGCCUGGAGGUGUCACUGAACUCACCCUCGGCUGCCUCCUCACCAGGCCUCAUGAUGUCUGUGUCACCUGUCCCCUCCUCCUCAGCUCCCAUCUCGCCAUCCCCGCCCGGCGCCCCCCCUGCCAAAGUGCCGAGUGCCAGCCCCACUGCCGACACGGCUGGGGCCUUGCACCCCAGUGCCAAGGUGAACCCCAACUUGCAGCGGCGGCAUGAGAAGAUGGCCAACCUGAACAGCAUCAUCUACCGGCUAGAGAGGGCUGCCAAUCGGGAGGAGGCUUUGGAGUGGGAGUUCUGA